CUUACCUUCAUCCUACAUCUCACAUCCACCCCCCUCCUCCCAACGCAUCUUGUUACACCAUGGAACACCACUCCCCCGACCUUACCAAACGGAUAACCACCAUCAUCUAUGGGGUGAUAGGAGCUUUCACAGACCGGGCCCCAGUUGGGCUAGAAGAAAGCCGCCAUGCCCCCAGGGUGGAGGCUCAGGGCCUGGAGCCCCCUCAGCGUUGUUCCGGUAACCAGCCGGCUUCCUUCACUUUUGUGAACACGCUUCACAACCACACUACUUCUACGUCUCCUGCCUCUUCCUCUUCGCGUUUUCCUCCCCGUGUUCAUCAUCACUUUACCCCUUCCUCCUCUGCCUCUCCUUCCAUCAGGUCUUUUUCGUCUACCUCCUCUGUGAAAUCCAAGUCUACCAAGAUGCCUGUCGCCGAUGUGGACGACACCGUCGGCUUCAUGACGGCCGCGCGGACCUUCAAGCUGCCUCAAAACUACGGCUCCCCCGCGGUUCAUUCUGCUGUUGACGCGUCCAGCGAGCAGGGCAGUGUUUCCAAGGCUGAUGCCGACUUCCCUGCUGAUCCCUUUGAUCACGGGGCUACUGUAUCGCGUGACGAUAUCUUUGCUCCUUCCAGUCCGACCGUCCCUGGCGAUCUUGAAAACAACUCUGGUUUCGAAGAAUUUGGAGUGACGGUUGAGACUCCCAAGGCCAGGGAGGCGUCUAACGUGGCUGGUGACUUCUCGCCCCAGGAUGACACUACUGUUGCUGGCAGUGCUCAACCUGUUGGCUCGGAUGCCGUGACUCCUGACCAGAUCAAUGACGAACAGGAGGACCGCACCGACCUUACUACUUUCAAGAGCUGGGGCGUUCCGGUCGUUCGUGACAAGCCAGCUGCUAAAGUCCGUCGUAUCAUUAUCAACGGCUUGCCUACUACCUGGUGCAGCCCUGCCAAAGUCCUUUCGUUAGUCCACGGUGGCAUUAUCGAGAGCAUUAGUAUUUCUGACCACGGAACUGCCCAUAUCCUCUUCUGUGACCAUGAGGCGUGCCAGGCCUUCUACGAUAAGUAUCCCAAUGGUAUCGACCUUGGCCGAGAGAGACGACACACUGUCUUUGUGGAGAUGGGUAAGGACGUUGAUGUGGUCAGCACCAAGCUUUCUUUCAACCUCUCUGUUGGCUCGACUCGCGCUGUGAGAGCUGUUGGGGUCGACAUGAAGAUCACCAUGGAACAGCUGGUCAAAAUUGCCAGUGUCAACGGUCGCAAGGUCGAAAAGAUCCUGGACUCAUACGUUCCUGGCGAUGCUCGCAACGUGGUUUUCCGUUUCUGUAACAUAGAGGAUGCCGUACGUUUCCGCUCUGCUCUCGUCCGCGAUGCCGACUGGGAGCACUGCAAUGUGCAGUACGCGACUGAUCCUUGCGAGUUCGCUACAGGUAUGCAUUUCGACUAGUGGUUGCUUAAGGCUACAUACACAUGACAUUUGUGUCUAAAAACGAUGUAUGACGGUGUUAUGGUGAUGAAUAUCGGUGAUGUAUCUGGAGAGGAAAUGGGUAGAUUGCUUAAGGAUGGCGUAUGGAUGAAUUUAUGCGGAUAGUUGAUAAUCAAUAAGAGAUGUUGCGUC